CUCUAACCUCAUUACAAAUAUUGUUCACCGAACACGUGCACGCACAAAAAUAGUGUCUUAUAAAUAUUUUAAAUAAAUAAAAUAAGUAAUAAAAAGUGAUUUACAGUUAAUUGAAAUAAUUAAUUAUUUGAAUAAAUAAUUAAUAAAAAUGAAGACAAAUAAUAAGAAAAAUUUAAAUAUCACAAAAGUAUCAAAAUCAACAGAAUCUUCACUAAAUAAAGCCGUUAAAAAUGUUAAAGAAAUUCUUAAGAAUAAUGAUGACAAUAAAGUAAAAAAACAAAAAAAAUUAUUAAAAACAUUAAAAGAAGAAAAUAUUAUUAAAAUUGAAAGUGAAGACUCACCUGCGGCCAUUUUGAAAAAACCAGCUGGUAAAAAAAAUUCUAAAAAUAAUAACAAUAAUGAUGGCGUUGAUAAAAAAGAACGUGGAGUUGUAUAUAUUGGACAUAUACCUCAUGGAUUUUAUGAAGAACAAAUGAAGAAAUUUUUCUCACAAUUUGGAAAAGUAACAAACGUUCGCGUGUCACGUUCCAAAGUAUCUGGAAAACCGCGUGGCUACGGUUUUAUUGAGUUUGCGCACACAGAAGUCGCUAAAAUAGCAGCUGAUUCGAUGAACAAUUACUUGAUGUUUGGAAGAUUAGUUAAAACUGAAUACAUUCCACCAGAGAGACAGCACAAUUGGUAUUUCAAAGGAUUGUCAUACACUAGAAGAAGUUUUCCUAAGCUGUGGAAUAGGGAAUUGCAUAUUAAGAGAAUAAAUGGCGGUGAUAUUGGGGAGUCUAAUUUGAAAAGCUUGGUUGCAGAUGGUACGAUAGUGAAGGCGACGGGUAAGCGAGAGGAUCAGGAUUUGGCGGUAAAGAAAAAGUUGUGGAAUUUGAGUUUGUUGGCGAGUAAGUUGAAAAAAAAGGGUGUAAAGAUUGAUAUGAAAUUGGGGGAUGUAAAUAUUUGAAUAAAGAUUAAUGUUUUUUUGUAAA